AUGGCCAUAUCUUCGACUGCGCCAUCGGCCCUGCCAUCCUCGUCGGCGGCUGAUGCGGUUGCCAAACUAACAGCCGCCGGUGCCGAGACAGAGACAGAGCCAGCAGCGGCUGAGGCCGAGGCCGAAGCCUACGAGCGCACUCAUGUUCAUUGCGUCUACGAGGCCAUUGCACCACACUUCUCAGCCACCCGCUACAAACCCUGGCCUGCCGUGGGGUCGUUUCUCCGCGCCCAGCCACCCGGGGCUGUCGGGUUUGACGUGGGAUGCGGCAACGGCAAGUAUCUGGGCGUAAACCCAGAGAUUUUGAUGGUGGGCUCUGACAGGAGCGCCUCGCUCGUCGCACUUGCCAGGAGUCGCUGCAAGGAACUCCAGAAUCGGCAGGCGGGUGCGGCUGCAGCAGGAACAGGAGGGGAAGCCCGUGGAGCAGCGGUGGCCACUGACGUACUCGUGGCCGAUGGGCUUUCGCUGCCCUUCCGCGAGCAUUCCGCCGACUUCGUCAUCUGCGUGGCCGUCAUCCACCACAUGUCGACGCGGGCAAGGCGGCAAGACGCGAUUCGGCAGCUGCUGCGAUGUGUCAAGCUUGGAGAGGCUGGCCGGACCGGGGGCCAGGCCCUGGUUUAUGUUUGGGCCUUGGAGCAAGGCACCAGCCGACGCGGGUGGGACGAGGGCGGCGAGCAGGAUCUCUUGGUGCCGUGGGUCUUGAAGUCACAGCAGAAGCAGCAGAAGCCGCCAAAGGGCGUCAAAGGAGAAGGCACCGGUGAAGCGAGCGCCGCUGAUAAGAGCGGUGAGGCACCGCCUACACCAGCUACUGCGGCCGCUCCCGAACCAGGAGUAGCGCCGAGCCACACCGACCCCGUUUUCCAGCGCUACUAUCACCUCUACCGCAAAGGUGAGCUCGAACAGGACGUGCUGGCAGCAGGGGGUGUUGUCGUCUCCAGCGGCUAUGAGAGAGACAACUGGUGGGUCGUGGCUGCCAAUGGGCUCGUGGCCCACGAGCGACGAUGA